UGUCUCACGCGCCACCUUCCCUGUUUGCUUUAUUGUAUAAUUUGUUUGAAGUAUUGCGGACUUGGAGUCUCGGAGUUUCCAAGUUCAGAUUCGACGAAGAAUUGCGCGACACAGACUGCGGAUGGCCUUCGAGAAGAUCAAAGUUGACAACCCCAUCGUAGAGAUGGACGGUGAUGAAAUGACUCGUGUUAUCUGGAAAUCUAUCAAAGAAAAGCUUAUACUCCCGUUCCUAGAUCUUGAUAUAAAGUAUUUCGACCUUGGUCUUCCUCAUCGUGAUGCCACAGAUGAUAAGGUUACAAUUGAAAGUGCAGAGGCGACACUUAAGUACAAUGUGGCUAUUAAAUGUGCAACAAUUACUCCAGACGAGGGGCGUGUCAAAGAAUUCAACUUGAAGAACAUGUGGAAGAGUCCAAAUGGAACCAUUCGAAACAUCUUAAAUGGGACUGUGUUUAGAGAACCCAUCAUAUGCAAGAAUGUCCCUCGACUUGUUCCAGGCUGGACCAAACCAAUAUGCAUUGGGAGACACGCAUUUGGUGAUCAGUAUCGAGCAACGGAUCUGGUGACCAAAGGAGCUGGAAAACUUAAAAUGGUGUUUGUGCCUUCUGGAGCCGGUGAGAAUAUAGAGCUGGAGGUGUACAACUUUUCAGGGUCUGGUGGAGUAGCUUUGUCGAUGUACAACACAGAUGAGUCUAUCCGUGCUUUCGCGGAAGCUUCAAUGAACACUGCUUACCAGAAACAGUGGCCGCUAUAUCUUAGCACCAAAAAUACCAUUCUGAAGCAAUACGAUGGAAGGUUUAAGGAUAUAUUCCAAGAAGUUUACGAAAGAGAAUGGAAAUCCAAGUUUGAGGCUGCUGGAAUAUGGUAUGAACACCGUCUUAUAGAUGAUAUGGUUGCUUAUGCUCUAAAAAGCGAUGGUGGUUAUGUAUGGGCGUGCAAAAACUACGAUGGUGAUGUUCAAAGUGACUUUUUAGCUCAAGGAUUCGGUUCUCUAGGCUUGAUGACUUCAGUGCUCGUUUGCCCCGAUGGAAAGACUAUUGAAGCAGAGGCUGCACACGGCACAGUCACGCGCCAUUACCGCGUUCAUGAGAAAGGAGGAGAAACUAGCACCAAUAGCAUCGCCUCCAUCUUCGCCUGGUCAAAGGGACUUUCACACAGGGCUAAACUCGACGGCAAUUCCCGGCUCCUAGAUUUCACCGAGAAGCUCGAAGGUGCUUGCAUUUCAUGCGUCGAGUCCGGAAAGAUGACCAAGGAUCUCGCCAUCCUUAUUCAUGGACCUAAGGCCAGCCGAAAUCGGUACUUGAAUACCUUCGAUUUUAUCGACGCCGUUGCCGGGGAGUUGAGGGAUAGAUUGCCAAAACAGGCAAAGCUAUAAACAACACGGUAACUCGCUUUUCCCACCUGUGGUUGGAUUAUUCAGGGAUUUGGCUCAUCCAUUAAAACUAAAUUAUUGUGAUUUUGUUGAGGAUUCAUUAGUUGAAAAAUCCAUGUAAUGUUUUGGUUUGAAUUAUGAUCGAACUUAAAAUGUUAUGAAGGAAUAAUAAAAAAAUUUAUUGAUUAAAAAGAA